AUGAAUCAGCCUCGUAUGUUUUGUGUUAAAUUACAACUUCAUUUUGGUGGUGAUAUACAAGAAAUCAAUGUACCAGCGUAUAAUGGAGCAGAACCAACCGUAUUCGAUUUAAUGAAUACUAUUGAACGAGAUUUUCGUGUUCCAAAAGCGCUACAAACACUUGUAUUUUCCGGACAAGAUUUACAUCAAUAUCCAAAUGAACCAUUAAGCCGUUUUGGUAUUAAAAAUUUAGCAACAAUUCGAUUGGUUGGACGAAUAGCACCGCCUAAUAUGAUUAAUCAAAUUAAUGCCGAACUAGGUGGAGGAUAUAAUAGUAAUCCUUAUUAUCAACAAUCAUCAUAUGCACACAACAAUUAUCAACAGCAAGCACAAUCAUCGAAUGAUAACCACGGAUUAUAUACGAAUGAGCCAUUGACAAUGUCUAAAUAUUAUACUGAAGAACAAAAUAUACCUUAUUAUCAAGAACAAAAGAUGUACCAAGAUUCAACUAAUCAAAAACCAGCCACACCUAAAACGCCAAAUCCAUGGACACCAGCUCAAGGAGGACCAUCAAGGGCAACACAAGCUACACAAUAUGAUCCACCAACACAAGAUGAAUAA